UAUCAGUAUGUCUCAUAUCAGUGACUGUGGCGUACGAUAAAACGGCUAACCAUGGCGCAGGGACAGCAAACAUAUUAUGGACCCGGCAGUUAUGGUGAGGAUCAGGUGGAGGCCUUCGACUUUACCGAAGCGAGUAUACGAAGAGGUUUCAUUAGAAAGGUGUACGCGAUCCUAAUGUGUCAGCUUCUCAUCACAAUGGGGUUCAUAGCGUUGUUCCUGUUCCACGAAGGGACGAGUCAGUUUGUGAGACAAAAUCCAUACCUUUUCUGGAUAGCACUGGUGAUACUGAUAGUCUGCCUCAUCUCCAUGGCGUGCUGCACCGAGGUGCGCCGCACUGCGCCGAUGAACUUCAUCUUCCUCGCGCUGUUCACGCUGGCGCAGAGCUUCCUGCUCGGCGUGGUCACCAGCGCUUACAGCGUGGAUGCGGUGAUGAUGGCAGUGGGUAUCACAGCGGCGGUGAGCCUGGGUCUGACACUGUUCGCCUUCCAGACCAAGUGGGACUUCACCAUGAUGGGCGGCGCGCUCGUCGCCUUCUCCAUAGUCCUGCUGGUCUUCGGUAUCCUAGCGAUAAUCAUCAGAAACAACAUUCUAACAAUAGUGUACGCGGCCGCCGGCGCUCUAAUCUUCUCCCUCUAUCUUGUCUAUGACACUCAGCUAAUGAUGGGAGGGAAACACAAGUACAGCAUCUCCCCCGAGGAGUAUAUCUUCGCUGCUCUGAACCUCUACCUGGACAUAGUCAACAUUUUCUUGUUCAUAUUGACCAUUAUUGGCGCAACGAAGUGAUGCCUCUUUAUAACACACUUUCAAAGAGGCGGAGGUUCUCAAAUCAAAGUACAUUUUAUGUGCCUAUUUAAUACCUAUAGUCUAUGAUCUUUUGAUCUAUGAUGCUGCCACAGACUACUUACAAAACGAAGAUUUUAUACUAUAGAUUUAUGUCACUAUCGCGUCGAAACUGAGGCGAACAAUGGCGGUUUUAGUAAAAUUAGUUUAGUCAAUCUACCUAAAUUUGUAAAAAAAAUAUUUGGUGUAUCUUCAAAGGGUUCUAUAUUUAUGGAUAGCAAACAUCCUUGCAAUUUCGUGAAACUAGAUCUCCUGUAAAAAUAAUGUACUAGCAUAAGUGAUAUGCAUUGACAAACUAUUGUGUCAUUAUCCUCUCUACUUUAUUUUUAAGUUCUAAGGAUAGCAUUGUAAUAUAAAUAAAUUGUUUAUUUUA